UAAUUUGGUUAAUAAUAUUCCAAAUAAAUUUCAAGUAAGCAAUAAGUUCGAAGCUUUUCUUUUUCUUUAUUGAGUUUCCUCUCGAGUUUCUUCUUCGUUCUUCUCACUCUGCCAACUACUUUGAUGGCUGAUGAGUCAGAAAUAAAGGAAAUAUAUGAAAAUGGCAUGAAAAUAUUGGAAGAUUUAACCAACAACGCUGAUGAACUACAAGAACAAAUCCUGGAGGAGAUACUAACGAGAAAUGCAGGAACAGAAUAUUUAAGUCGAUUCUUCCCCAAUGGCCAAGCUGACAAGCAAAGCUUCAAAACAAAUGUUCCCAUUGUUACUUACGAAGAUAUCAAGCCUUACAUAGAUCGGAUUGCCAAUGGAGAGAUCUCGUCGAUCCUGUUUGCUGAUCCCAUAACCCCGUUCAUCCGAAGCUCUGGUACUUCUGGGGGACAGCCGAAGUUAAUACCUAUGACAGCUGAAAGUUUUGAGAAAAGGAAGUAUCAUCUUCUUCUGUCUGACAUUGUGGUGAAAAAAUGUUUUAGUGGCUUAGACGAAGGCAAAUUAUUGCUCCUACAUUUUAUCAAACCAGAGAUGGGAACUCCAUCUGGAUUAGUGGCAUCACCCUACACAACAUUCUUUUCCAAGACCAAUACCUUCAAAAAUAGCCUGGCUAAGUCUUCCACAAGUCCUAUUGACACCAUCUUAUGUUUGGAGAACAAGCAGAGUAUGUACUGCCAAUUGCUUUCCGGUUUACUACAGCUCGACAAGAUCAUAGUGAUCGGAUCAAGCUUUGCAUCAGUUUUGGCAAGGAGCAUCAAGUUCUUAGAAGAUUAUUGGAAAGAAUUUUGUUCCAACAUUAGAACAGGUUAUCUCAGUGAUUGGAUUACCGACCAUGGUUGCAGAAAUGCUAUGUCAUCCAUCCUUACUGGGCCAAACCCUGAAUUGGCUGAUUUGAUUCAACAAAUAUGCCAGGAUAUAUCAUGGGAAGGGAUCAUUAAGAAACUUUGGCCUAAAAUCAAGUAUAUUCAUGGCAUCAUUACAGGUUCCAUGAGCCAAUAUGUUUCAUUACUUGAAUUUUAUGGAGGAGGGAUCCCUUUAGUUUCACGAAGUUAUAAUUCUUCAGAAUGUAGUUUUGGGAUCAAUUUAAAUCCUCUAAGCAAGCCCUUUGAUGUCUCUUACACCUUUCUCCCACAUACGGCUUACUUCCAAUUUCUUCCUGUGAAUAACGAUUGCGGAGGAAAGUCUCGAGAAUUUGAGCUUCACGGUGCUUCAGCUACAGAGUCCUCUGGAAUCAAGAAUGAGACCAUGGCCGUUAACGAACUGGUCGAUCUUAUGAAUGUGAAGUUGGUGUUGUUCUAAUAGGGUCGGAAGCGUGUAAAUUAUUGUACUAAAAAAUCACACAAAGUUCAAUUCCCAGGGAAGAGAGGUGGAUCACAAGGAUCUCUUAAAUACCAAGUCUUUCCUUA